UGUCUCUGAAUUGAGGGGCUGGACUAACCUAACCUAUUUCGCCUGGUGUCACGCUGGUGUUUUAUUUAGUGAAAAAUUGUCUCACGAAAUUUUUACUUGUAAAGUUCGAAGUGCUGCUAAAAUAUUCCGAACACAAUGGAAUUAUUUGUGGGAAAACGCUGUGUAUCUUUAAUCGAAUAUGGUACUUCUGUUCAAGACCUCGUACUGCACAUUCAGAAGGGCAUAGGACUACGACCAAACGAGUACUAUCUAACUUCAAAUGGACGAAUAUUCAAUCCAGAGGCAGAUGAAAUGCCUCAAAGAAAAGUACAUAUUAUAUUAAGAACUCUCGGUGGGAAAGGCGGCUUUGGUUCUAUGCUAAGAGCUAUUGGAGCUCAAAUCGAAAAAACCACAAAUAGAGAAGCCUGUAGAGACCUCAAUGGCAGAAGGCUAAGGGACAUUAACGAAGAACAAAGACUAAUAAAAUGGGUGGAGCAGCAAGGAGAACGAGAGAUAGAGGCAGAAGAGAAGAAAAAGAAAAAACUCGAAAAGCUACUAGAACAACCCAGACAUGAAUUUAAGGAUGAGCAGUACGAAAAAGAGAUGAGUGAGUUGACUGACAAGAUAGAGGAUGCGGUCACAAAGGGCUUGGAAGCCUCAACCAGGGGCAUAAAGAGGAAAAUCGAUACUAAAAGCAAACUGGGAAAAAAACCCAAAUUAUGGAUUGAUAGUGAUAUUGAUGAAGAUCUAUCUACCACUGAUUCUGAGGAUGAUGACGAAGGCAAUCCGUCUAUCAGUGUCAUUUGCGUUUCACCAAGCUCUUCUUCGGUAGAUCCUAAAUGAACUACGAAGGUUGUUCUAGAUCUUUUAGAACUACACCAGAAUAAAUAUGUAAAGUCCUAGUCGAACUCGAGACAUAGCCACCACGAGUCUCCUAACAUCUCUUUAAUGCUCUGCAGCAUUGGUCCUCACCAGUGAAAGAAGAAUGUAGUAAUUUUGCUGGCCCUGGUAUUUAUCCACCGUCGUAACAUAUUAAAAGUACAAACGCUCACAAAAUCCUUCUGUAAAAAAACUAAACGCAUUUUUGGGCUAGAAUUUAAGAAAAUAUCUUCCUUAUGGGGCCUGUCAAUACAUCUCAAAUCAAA